AUGCCUGUUGCUAGAUUUGUUUCAACUCCUCACCUUGCCUUUAUCACACCCGAAAAGCUUUGGAGAGUUGCCCCUUCUCUGGCUACUUGGGGUGCAGGUACCGGUGCUGCCGUCUUACUUUUUGGUUCAGAUGUACCUAUUAUGAAGAAGGAUGUUCUUACAAAGAUUCCUGUUAUCGGUAAUUAUUGGGCCCUUCCUGGUGACGAAAGCAAAGAUCAAGAAUAA